UCUCUGAACUCUGCCGCUUGUGAGCAGACAGAUUGUCUCACGAAAAUCGAGUACCAUACUCUCAAUCCUAUCCCUGGCUGCCCGUCACUCCCCGAGAAAACAUUCGCGUUGAGAACGAAAGGGACCCUCACUAAACAUUGCCAAGGAUACAGUGAAACCCAGAGAAACAAUACCCUGGACAUGAAGCAAGACGUCAAAAGCAUCUGCCUAAAUCAAACCUCACAAAUACAGUGGUUGUGGUUUUCUCUCGUUCAAAUUCCAAAAGAUUAAACUCACCUUUCAUUUUAGAGUAUGG